AUGCCGUUUCAGCAGCUAAGGGGGAGCAGUGGGUGCGUUCCUGCCAAUGCCGCAGCGCCUCUUGGCUCGCCCCUCCCCCCUCCGCGAGGGGCAGACCCUUUCCCGCUCUUCAGCCUCCUCUACGCGUCGUGGGGAGGGGCGCCUCCCUUCGGCGCAGCCGACAUGAUGAUGUAUGAGCGGUGGCGUUGUCGCACCUUGGCUCUUCGCGCGUUCACGUCCCCUGCCACCCUCGAGCGGCGUUCCGAAAGGGGGGCCCCUUCGAUGGGUGGGAUAGAAGAAGAGGCAGCUCGACGGGCUGAGGGGUUCGCACUCUUGCGGCAGUGUCUACCUCCUGGCAUCCCUAUGGAAUUGGUAGAGAGGACGGCGUGGUCUGAGUGUCUCUCUUACUUCUGCAAACGCGAGACCUCCUGCCGCCUGCAGUGGAGCGGCAGCAGCAGGGCUGCAGAGAGCGCUUUCAAGGAGUCGAGCGGCUGCUUUUCGCAGCCUCCUGUGUCGUUGCCGUAUCUUGUGGCUCGCCUCGCCCACCGUCUCUGGUAUCUGCUUCCGGGGAGCUCUGUCUUUUUUGUGGCCUCUGUUGGCGGGGCAGGCGUCUUGGAGCUCUUGCCGCCGUGGUUUUCGUUCUUGUGCGAGGAGAUCGUCGCGUUCUUCUUGUUCGUUUUGCUGCACAUGAAGGCUCUCAUCGGCGGGGAAAACGGGGCGUACGUACACCUCACGGACAGGGAGUGGACUUCCAGAUUCCGACAGCUCCGCUGGCUCCUGAGCUGCUGCCCAGUCGAAGAGCCCAAGGCGGAAGCGCAGGGGGAGCUCCCACGGCUUGAAGGGGGGCGGAAUCUCGCAAGAAGAGGGGCCUCUCCUCUCGACGGCAGCCUCCCACCUCUGGACUGCAUCGACGCCUCGCUCACCGAGUACUUCCCAAUGAACCCGCGCUCUGCGCCGCAUGCGUUCUGGCUGCUAUUCGACAGAGAAAACCUUCUCUGGACGGUUACCACGGAGAGCUAUGCCGUCCGAUCGUUCCCAGUUCUGGCGAGCGACGCUGUCGAGGGGCCUUUGCCAGAGGAGGAGCAGAGACGAGGGAGCCUUGACGGCGGCAAACCAAAAAGGAAGCCGUUGCCCUCUCUAGUCGAUGCUGCACGCGAAGACGCACUGCGCUUCCUCUGCCUCCUUGGCGCUCUCCCGCCUUCUGACUUGGCCGGAAACGUAAACUACCUCCUUUCCCUUUACGAUGACGCCGACAGACCCUACGAGAAACAGCAACAGCAGGAGGAAAAGCAAGAGCAACAGCAGGAGGAAAAGCAAGAGCAGGAGGAAAAGCAAGAGCAACAGCAGGAGGAAAAGCAAGAGCAACAGCAGGAGGAAAAGCAACAGCAGGUUGUGAAUGAUGACGGCAUCUUGCAAAUUGACUUCACGAUAGUGUCGAAGGAAAGCGUAGGAGGCCUUGGCGAUCAGAAGGGAGCAAAGCGAGGAGACAGCGAAGCGCUUUUUCUCUCCUCCGAUUCGGAAGAGGGCGAUCACACGCAAGAAACACAGCGGUGUCUGGAAGGCGGUUCCCCCACGCAAGCGUGUAGUUCAUCAACGGCCUGCGUAGAGCGUGGCGCAGCCUUCCGGCUGUCUUGUUUCAACAGCGAUAAGCAGCAGAGUAAGCAGCAUCUGAACGAUGAGCAGCCGAAUAAGCAGCAGAAUCAGCAGCAACAGCAGCAGGAUGAGCAGCAGAGCAAGCAGCAGCUGCAACAGCAGCAUCCCGGGUUGCAAAAGAUGUUAGAGGCUUUGCUUCAGGAUGGCAAGAAGGUGUUCUGUGGAGGGCGUGUUUUGGUGGGUAUAAGACACAAGAAUGCGUUGCUAGACAAGAGACUCGUGACAUUUAGCCGCUCAGUCUUGAGUGGCAGCAGCGGGAGAAGGAAAAGCAGCAGCGGCAGUACGGGCAGCGGAACUGUAGGGGGGCCGCGUGGCACAGCAGCACUUACGGAGUCGGACUGCGUGGCAGCGGUUCGGCAGUAUUUGCAUCAGCACUGCGAAAAAGGCAAGAAGGCGUUCGUUUGUGACGAGCAGCUGAGGACCUUGACAGGCAGAGCCAGGCUCCCUCAGCAGAGGGAGGCCCUUGCAAAGACUCUGAAGAGCGUUGGUCUCAUUGAGCACUUUAUGAUCGAUCCACGAGAUCUGAAGGGCACCUGA